AGUCCCAAGUACUUUCAAGCUCCACUUUGGUUCUCCAAUGAGGUAUUUUUGAGCUUAAAGAUCCCACCUUUGUUGCAUUCUUUUGUGUUUCUUGUUUUUCUUUCAGUUAACGUGUUUGUGUUUUUGUUUUCGUUUUGAUUCAGGAACCGGGUAUGGAGAUUAAUGCAACGACCAUUUAUGGAGAAAGUAAUGAUAACCCAUUUUCAGACACACUUUGCAAGCUUAAUCUCAAGGAGACAUCUGAGUUUGUCAAAUCAUUCCCAAUGUCUGCUUCAAUGGAGAGGAGGCGAGUUGGGGUGAACUCAGUGACAGCGCAAAGGAGAGCUUUUGAAGCUCCUUCUACACCAGGUAGGCCUGUUUUCAACUUCAGCGGCGGCGGAAACAAUGGCGGCGGUGGCGGCGGCUAUCUUGCUAGAAAAUGCUUUCCUUCAAAGUGGGAUGAUGCAGAAAAAUGGCUAAUCAGCAGUUCUUGCCAUGAAUCUCCAGCUCACACCAUGAAGCCCGAAUCAUCAAAGGUAGCUAAACACUGUGAUAACUUUAAGCAACAAGCUGAAGUAUUUAAAGGGUCAGUUCCACAGGAGCACCAUAAUCAAACCAGAAACUUUAAUGGAAUCCCAGGCACCAAUGAUGUGUUUCUAAAAGAUAAGUUCACAGAUGAGGUCGAAUCGAUUUUUCCGAAUUUCCGAUGUUCAGAGCCCUCGAGGGAAGUGUUUCUGUUCUGGAACUCGGUGAGUGACACCAUGAAAGAUGCAGGCACUGAAGUGUUCCAUGAAGUUAAACAUAAAGACGCUGGGACAGAGAUGACUCCGCUAGGAAGUUCCACCACUUCUAGAUGUCACACGCCGUCGUCGCCUGCACGGCAUAAUACACCAGCUAAUCGAUCAGGUCCGUUGGAACCUGCCAAUUCAAAUAGUUCCAAUAGCACAAUCGACAUUUCCCAGCUGCAAGAGUGUCAUCUAGCUAAGUUACAACUCGGGUCGCAAUAUGAUUCUAUCACAUCGAAUUGGAGCUCGAGGGAGGAGGAAGAGGAAGAAGUGUCGAAGAGCCUUAGACAUUUUGAAACCGGCAAUGUGUGCCGAAGGAGUGUAUCGGAUUCACGGACUCCAACAUGGGAGGAGGAGGAAAGGACUAAAUGCUGCCUGAGGUAUCAGAGAGAGGAAGCAAAAAUCCAAGCUUGGGUGAACCUUCAAAGUGCAAAAGCAGAAGCUCAAUCAAGAAAGCUUGAGGUGAAAAUACAGAAGAUGAGAUCGAAGUUAGAGGAGAAAUUAAUGAAACGAAUGGCGAUUGUUCAUCGAAAAGCCGAGGAAUGGAGAGCUUCGGCUCGACAACAACAUGCUGAGCAAAUGCAAAAGCCGAACAAUAUGGCGAUGGUCAAUCACCGGAGUAACUCGAAUUUUUCAGGCAACAUCUCAUGUGGUUGUUUACCUUGCGGUAACAGACACUGAAAACGAUGGAUCAUCUCCGAUUGCAUGUAGAAAAAUCACAUCAGUAACAGUGUGUGAACUGUUUGACAUUUGAGUUUCAGAAAAU